UUUCCGCGAGGAAAAUUUUCAGCAAAACCUCAGUUUACCUUUGAGAGCUUGUUGAACAACACGCAACAAUCUUUCCGAUUCAGAUCCGGUGCGAAUCCUCGUACUGCAAUGUACGGAUUCGUCAACUACGCACUCGAGCUUCUCGUUGUGAAAAGUUUCGGGGAAGAAACUUGGGAAACAAUCAAGAAACAUGCCGAUGUACAAAUGGACGGACAGUUUCUGGUCAGACAGAUCUAUGAAGAUGAAUUGACGUACAACUUGGUAGGCGCUGCGGUGGAAGUGUUACAACUUCCGGCGGAUGCUAUAUUGGAAUUGUUCGGGAAAGCGUUCUUUGAAUUCUGCCAGGAUUCCGGCUAUGAUAAGAUACUGCAAGUGCUCGGGGCAACACCUCGUGACUUUCUACAGAAUUUGGAUGCUUUGCACGACCACUUGGGAACGCUUUAUCCAGGGAUGAAAGCCCCUUCGUUCCGGUGCACUGAGCGACCGGAAGAUGGUGCUUUGAUACUGCAUUACUAUUCGGAUCGUCCUCAUCUCGAGCACAUUGUUAUAGGGAUCGUUAAGACUGUGGCGAGUAAAUUGCACGGAACCGAAGUCGUGGUGGAGAUACUGAAGACAAAGGAGGAAUGCGAUCAUGUGCAGUUUCUGAUUACUGAGCGUUCCGGACCGAGGAAACAAGAAUUGCCUGAGAUCGAUGAGCUCGAAACGCUCUCUUUAGAGCCAAAAGUGAAUGCUGCCACGUUCUGCAGGGUUUUCCCGUUCCACAUCAUGUUUGAUAGGGAACUAAAUAUAAUCCAAACUGGUUCCACAGUUGCGAGGGUUAUACCGAAAGUGGCCUCGAUGUACUGCAAGGUCACAGAUAUUUUGGAUCCGGUGCGUCCACACUUGGAACUAACAUUUGCGAAUAUACUUUCGCACAUCAAUACGAUUUACGUAUUGAAGACGAGACCCGACGUGAUGGAGGUGGCGGCUCCACCAGAGUUCCGCUCUCUGAGGUUGAAAGGGCAGAUGAUGUACGUGCCGGAAACGGAUCUUGUCAUCUUCCUAUGCUACCCGAGCGUCAUGAAUUUGGACGAUCUGACCAGACGGGGUCUCUACAUCAGCGACAUUCCGCUGCACGACGCCACCAGAGACCUGGUUUUAAUGUCAGAACAAUUCGAGGCCGAUUACAAGCUCACGAGAAACCUGGAGUUCCUCACAGACAAGCUGCAGCAAACAUACAGGGAACUGGACAGCGAAAAGAAAAAAACAGACAGGUAAACUACAGCAUUCUUCGU